GGGGCCGGCCGCCUGUCAGAGGGAGGUGGCGAUGAUGAACCCGGUGGCGGUGGCGGUGGCGGCUGCGGCGGCUUCCCUGGUCCGAGUGCCGGGAGGAGAAGAUGACUGACCUGCCGACUGACUGAAUGAAUGAAUGGCGGAGCCGAGCGCGCCAUGAGGAGCCUGCCGAGCCUGGGCGGCCUCGCCCUGUUGUGCUGCGCCGCCGCCGCCGCCGCCGCCGCCUCAGCAACCUUGGCGGGGAAUGUCACCGGUGGCAGCGCGGCCGCGGGGCAGGUGGACGCGUCGCCGAGCCCGGGGCUGGACGGCGAGCCCACCCACCCUUUCCCUAAGGCGACAGCUCCCCCGGCCCACACCUCGAGGACCGGACCCCCGGGCGCUACCGUCCACCGACCCCGGACUGCAUCCUCUUCAACCGGGUCCCCGGGGACCACCCCUCCAAGGGCGACAACCGGACCCGCUCUGACCACCUUUCAGGCGCCGCUCGGCCCCUCGUCGGCCGCCCCUCCGGCGGUGGAAAGCACUCCGACCACCCCUCGGGCGACGACCAGACCCGCGCCCACCACCCUCUCGACGACCACUGGCCCGGCGCCGACCACCCCUGUGGCGACCACCGUUCCGGCGCCCACUACUCCGCUGACCCCCACCCCUGUCCCGCCCCGGAGCAGCAGCGUCCCGCCCACCCCACCUGCCGCCGAGGCCCCUUCGCCGCCUCCCCCAGAAUAUGUGUGUAACUGCUCUGUGUUCGGAAGCCUGGAUGUGAAUCGCUGCAACCAGACCACAGGGCAGUGCGAAUGUCAGCCAGGUUAUCAGGGGCUUCACUGUGAAACCUGCAAGGAGGGCUUUUACCUGAAUCAUACUUCUGGGCUCUGUCUACCAUGUGAAUGUAGUCCACAUGGAGCCCUCAGCAUACUCUGCAAUAGUUCUGGGAAAUGCCAGUGUAAAGUGGGUGUCACCGGCUCUGCAUGUGAUCGAUGCCAAGAUGGAUAUUAUGGCUUUAGUAUGAGUGGCUGCUUGCCCUGCCAAUGCAAUAACAGGUCUGCCAGUUGUGAUGCCCUCACAGGUGCUUGCUUAAACUGCCAGGGAAAUAGCAAAGGGGAUCACUGUGAAGAAUGCAAAGAAGGAUUUUACCAGAGUCCUGAUGCCACUAAAGAAUGUCUUCGCUGCCCUUGUUCAGCAGUGACAUCUACAGGCAAUUGUAUCAUAAAAUUGGGUGAAGUGGAACCUAAAUGUGUCCAGUGUAAAGAGGGUUACACAGGCCAGAACUGCAAUAAAUGUGAAAAUGGCUAUUACAAUUAUGACAGCAUCUGUAUGAAGUGCCAAUGUCAUGGUCACGUGGACCCAAUUAAAACUCCAAAGAUUUGCAAGCCCGAGAGUGGUGAGUGCAUCAACUGCCUCCAUAACACCACUGGGUUUCGGUGUGAGAACUGCCUAGAAGGUUAUGUUCGAGACCUCGAAGAAAAUUGCAUCAAGAAAGAAGUUAUUGUUCCAACACCUGAAGGUUCUACCAUUUUGGUUUCCAAUGCCUCUUUGACCACAUCAGUGCCCACCCCUGUUAUAAAUAGUACACUUAGCCCCACAACCCUGCAGACUACCUUUUCAGUAAGCUCUGCUGAAAACAGCACGUCAGCUUUAGCUGAUGUAUCAUGGACCCAAUUUAACAUCAUCAUUUUGACUGUCAUCAUCAUUGUGGUGGUGCUGCUGAUGGGAUUUGUGGGGGCUGUAUAUAUGUACCGGGAGUACCAAAACCGGAAACUCAAUGCCCCCUUUUGGACCAUCGAACUGAAAGAAGACAAUAUUAGUUUCAGCAGCUACCAUGACAGCAUUCCCAAUGCAGAUGUGUCAGGAUUGUUGGAAGAUGAUGGCAAUGAAGUGGCUCCCAAUGGGCAACUGACCCUGACGACACCCAUGCAUAACUACAAAGCCUAAAGAGCUAGAACUGUUCACCUGGAUUGUUAGCCAGCAUCAGCCCCUGGGCCAGACAGAGCCUGGGUAGAGUUUGCUGAGAAAACAAAGACAUAUAGCGCAUCAAAGUUUUCAGAUACAGUUCAUAAUGCACUUAGCCUGUUACUUUUAGUUUUCCCAUGAAGAUCUGAAGCAGUCACUGUCAAUAAGGACUUGAAGCAAAGUAUAUUUUUGUACAAACCACAUGGGAAUAUAGAAAGGCUGAACCCCAUAGUGCAGCCCUAAUCGCUUUGACCUCCAAAUAGACUCCUGGGGAGUGUUCACUCAACCAGUGGAAACAGGAUGAUGGAUGUGGAGGGGGAAAGGACUGCCGGAAGACUUCAUCUCCAUUCCUGAAACAUUUUUUAAAAAGGAGGGUCAGGGACAAUAUUAAUUUUAUUGUACUAAAAGACAUCAUUGAGGAAAAGUUGAUGUCUGGGCUGUAUCACAACAAACAAUCUUGAUUGUUUCUAGAAUAGGAGCAGAAAAAUCUCAAGAAGGUCUUUAGAAGGAUUUCAUUUUUCCUUCCAGAAUUCUUGCUCAAUAAUAGGAUUAAAGCACAGGAUAAGCUUCUAAUGGUACAGAGAGGAAGGCAACAUGUGGGAGCAGGAAGAUGAUAGUCCUCCUUAGUGUAAAUGAUAAAUUGUCUAAAAAUAAGGAAUAUUCCUGCCUCUAGAGACAUAAGGUGUAUAUAGUUAAUGUAGCAUAUCUGGUCAACAUUGUAUUUGUAUCUAUUUGUAAAAAAUCAUGUCAUAUUUUAUCAUCUAGAAUGUAUUUGUACAGCAGUUAAUGGCAUUGUAAAAAGAAAAUGUGGGGAUUGGUUAAAAUAAUGUAAAAUAGAUGGCAAUAUUGCUAGAGCUGGGACUCUGGUGAGCAUCAGUCAUUUUUAGUCCCUCUUUGGACAUUGUUGAAAUUUAUAAGAGGUUGAAUGUUUCUAAUCUUUCUUUCCCUUUCUCAUUCUAAAUGUAGAAUUAUGUGUUCUUUUACUUAUAGAUUCAAGCAAUAGAUUUUGAAGUCAGUGAUUGUUAAUCUGGGACACAGGCUGUACUCUCCAAGCUACUCAAACAUUAGCCACUCUCUAUAUUUUAUAUAAAUUAAUGUAGAACAUAUCAUCAUUAAAAAUGUUUUUAAUUUAAAAGAUAGUCUUCCAAAGGAAUUAGAAAUACUUUAGUUCCAAAAGAAAAGCCAUUAUAUCACUUGGUGUCCCAUUUUCAUGCCUGUGAAAAAUUUAUAUUUCUCCCCCACCCCAAAAAUAUCUCCUCCACUUGAACAUAGCCUGUCACUCAUACACAAAGGUAUGUACCAUUUCUCUGCAGGGCUACAGUUCUUCUGUCCUUCUUGUCCAGGUAAGACUGGCACUGUAGUUGAACAGAUAUGGUUAGUUCUUGCUUUUAGGUGCAGUUUUUCCCUAGAGGCCAUUCGUUGCUGCUCUCAUUUAUUAUGAUAUUGACAGAUUGUGGAUUAAACAAGUCAGGAAAAGCAGCCAGAAGACAACUAUACAUAUUUAUUAGGCAGAACAUAAAACUAUUCAAGUCAUUAACAAAAAGAGUUAAUACUUAUUAGACCUAGGAGAUCUAAGUAGACAACUUUGCCAACUUCCCCAGGGAAAAUACGGAAUUUGGCUAUCCCUCUGAAGACCACCACUAAGUUGUUCUCAGGGUUUGGAGAUGAUGCUCUGAAGGAUGUACAGGCAGAUAAUCUACUUCUGGUAAACUAAGGUGCUCCCAAUAUUUGGCCAUUUCUCAUGAGAGUAAAGAUUACAUUAUGUUACAUCAUAUUAAAAUAAGUUAAUAUUUCUAUAGCCCUUUGUUGUUUGCAACGCAUCUUUCCACAUUUGUUUCUUUUGUUCCUCACAACAGCCCCCUGAGGAAGUAAUUGCCGUCCCCAUUUUAUAGAUGAGGUUAAAUGUCUUGGAAUUGGGCCUCCUCGCUCUGAAGCAUAUUUUCUUUCAACCAUAUGCUAAUGCAGAAAUUGCCUAACCACACUCAUGAGAAGGCUGGGAAGAAGAGUCCCAUCUGUGAAUGUUUCUAAUUUUUUAAGGUGCCAUCUAGGACCAUAUGGCUAUGAAGGACUAUGUGGAAAGAACACAGGAAGAUUACUAUUUGAAGCCAGUAUUGGUGAUAAGAGAAUAAAAAUACCAGUUCUUGCUUCCUUAAAGUGAACUAAUCCUUCUAAACAGGGAGAGAAAACCUGCUUUCCCCAGCAGCUGCCACAUAUGUGUGUAUAGACUGUGCAUUGCGCAUUUUCAGGAGUGGUGCAAAGUGGCAUACCUGCCUUUCUCAAGAUUGCCACCCCCUCAAAGCCAGGGAUUGAUGGUGAGAAAUAAACAUUCGAUAAACAGAUGUUAAUCCAAUAGAGAAAGGGGUGUUUAUUGUGGUCUAAGAGUCAAAGCCAAAUACUCCAAUUUCUGGCCAUGUACAGAUUCCUUGAAACAGACCUUAGAAGGUAUUGCAAAAAUUGAAUCACAAAGAAUGUUUACCUUUAAAUACUUAUAAAUAAUCCUAGAUCAUGUUUUCAGUUUUUCCCAAUGAAAAACAAAAUUGAAGACUUAAAAAUUUUUUAAUAAUAUUUUAUGUCCUUUCUUUUUUCUGGUGGAAAUAAUUUUGCUUUAAAAUUUAAGUCAAUCAUGAAGAAAACUAACAUGGAAUGCAUGACACAGUAUUCAUUUCUCUAAAGUCAUGAUCCCAUGAACUAGGGCAUUUAGCACGAGGAUCCCAUCAGUCUUUUAGAAAGACUAACGUUGGAAUCGUUUGUGUCUAAAGAUUAGGAAUGUGUUUAUUUUCAAAUAAGUCUAGUAUGAAUCUUCUUGAUAAAUGACAGAUAUUGCUAUUAAGUGAUACUGUUAUCUUCAUUGAUUAAUUUUAGCAAGCACAUAGCAUUUCUGAUAGUUAGGUGCCCUAGGUAGUUUUGUUAAAUAUUUCUGUCCUUCCUUGUUUUUCCCUCCCUCUCUCCCUCCCUCUAUCCUCUAGCUCCCAGAGGUCUUUUAUUAAUGAAGUUUCUUAAGUUAUAGAGAAAAAUGAUAAUAACAACUAAGCCUCAUUUAUACCAAGGUCCUAUGGACUUAAUGUGUUACUCUUAGGGAUACCUAAAAUUUAAGAGAGGAUAAAAGAGUAGACAUGGGAUGGGAGGAGAGAAAUUUUGGGGAGAGAGGAUUUGUAGAAGCAUCACAAUAUAUGGCUACUUUCUAACCCAAUGUCCACAGGAAAAUUGACCAUUAAAGCAACACUCACUGACCCCAAGUUCAUUUCUGUCAGCUGAGUUGGUCAUUUUGGAGGCAUAAAGUUUUCGAAACAACAGUGCUUCCUUUUAACAGCCUCCAUUGAUCAUAUUAUUCCAUUAUUUACAUUAGCCCUAUAUUUUUUGUAGGACACAUGGUGAACAUAACACCACUUGUAAUGAACAUUCCCUGGGUCAUACAUGUUGAAGUAUAUAGGUAGGAAUUGAAUUUACACAUCUCAAGGAAAGCUCUCUGACUAAAGUUCAGAGAAGUAAAAAGCAACCCAAUGUAACCAGUUAGAGUAAGAAAGCACUUCUGGUCUCAUCCACAAAGAACCUUUGGUCUGUAUGAUCUUGACAGUAAGGAGUUUGGGAGCUAAAAUGAGUUUGGUGUGUGCAGGGGAGUAAUAAUGGAAGGUUAAUGCAAGUUUUCUCUUUAACCCUGAGCCAGUGACUAUGCCAAAGGGCAAAGCAGGAAGAACACGCUGAUUCAUCAGAAGAAGUCCAAUAAUAUCAAAUGGACUACAGGUUAUGGAUCAUUAAAAUGUCAGUGGCUGAAUGAUGCCUUUUCAAAGGCAGUUGGGAAUCUGUCUUACGCGCAGAAACUGCAGCAGCAACCCUGGAAUGUGAGCCCAGGGCUCCAGAUUUAAGUUAAUGCAAAAGCUAAACGAUUUAAAGUUAAAUUUUAAUGCUAGGCACAAGCACUCUGUAAUACAUUAAAUUCCAGCCUAAGCAAUUAGGGAAUGUUUCUGAAACAUUAAACUUGUAUUUAUGUCACUAAAAUUCUAACACAAAUUUAAAAAAUGUGUUCUCAUACAUAUGCUGUACUAGGCUUCAUGAUGCGUUUCUAAAUUUGUGUAUGAUUUGAAUAUAUAAAAGACUUUAUACAAGAGUGUUAUUUAAAAUUAUUAAAAAUAAAUGUAUAUAAUUUGUA